UUGACACUGACACAUAUACACACUUACGUUUGUACACAGAACGGAGUACACACGUGGAGCUGGCCAGUGAAAGAAGUCAGGACAUAAACAGCCUGACGCUGAUGACUGUGCAGGCGGAAAACCCCGGGAUUAAUUUACAAAUACUAGCAAAGGAACCAGGACUGGUGAACCCCUGCAACCACAUAAUUGUCUAAAAGAGAACCAUUUCCAGUAUUUGUCCGUAUGUGCGUGACUCCAUCCCUUUUCCUUGCUGCAGCCCCACCAGCUGCUAAGUUGCUACAUGAUAACACGUUGACUGGCUGCAUUUCAUUUGGAAAUAUAUGACUUUUGGAGCUUGGAGAGCAAAUAGGAUACCCGGGGUACUGGAUUAAUAAGAAGUCCAACUGGCUAUUUUAUUUUCUAUAUUAACAGUAUGACUGAUUUCGGUGGUGUGAUGGAAAUCUGUCUGCCCUCCACCUGACCAGUGCUGGAAGUGGAUUAGUUACUCAGUUUAAUAAAAAAAAACUAAUAGGCUGCAUUUCAUUUUAGGACGUCAAAGACGGAUUUGUGAUAUUUUACUUUUUUAUUGAAAAAAUAAGCGUUUCCUGUUCGUGUCAUCCUUGGCUUGGGACUAAAUCCUUAUUCGGCCAGGGAUCCAUCAGGAAGAGUACUGUUGUUGCAAACCCUGUAAUGCAACUCAGCGGCAGCACCAGUGCCCAGGGCAGGAAAAUUCGGCGCCAGACUGCUGCUGCUGUUACCCACAGAUAUGCAAACACCCCAGAGACGGGGAUAAUGGACGAAGAGCUAGUGGGGCCAGCAGCGCAUCAGGUGGACUCAGACCAGGAUUUCGAGCCCCAGAGCCGGCCCCGAUCUUGCACCUGGCCUCUUCCUCGCCCAGACUUCACCGAAGGAGAGGACAGCGGCUCGCCACCGGCUGCCAAGAACGGCAGGGAUGGAGCAGAGAAUGGUGCUGGAGGAGGGAUGUCUGCACUGGAUCGGCGCGCCGGCCCUGGAGGAGCCGACCUUGGCCAGCAGCAGCCCCUCCGCAAGGCAGGCAAGACCUCGCGGCGCAAUGCUUGGGGUAACCUGUCAUAUGCAGACUUGAUCACCAAGGCAAUUGAGAGCUCCCCUGACAAGCGGCUCACCCUGUCCCAGAUCUAUGACUGGAUGGUUCGCUACGUGCCCUAUUUCAAGGAUAAAGGAGACAGCAACAGUUCGGCUGGAUGGAAGAAUUCAAUAAGGCAUAACCUGUCUCUGCACACAAGAUUCAUUCGGGUCCAAAAUGAAGGGACUGGCAAGAGUUCCUGGUGGAUGUUGAACCCUGAAGGUGGAAAAACAGGGAAGACACCGAGAAGAAGAUCUGUAUCCAUGGACAACAACAGUAAGUUUCUGAAGAGCAAAGGAAGGGCCAGUAAAAAGAAGGCUAUCGCAGAAGCUGCACAAGAAAGAGGUGGUGACAGUCCAUCUUCACAGCAUGCGAAGUGGUCAGGUAGUCCAACCUCCCAUGCUAGUGAUGAGUAUGAUGUCUGGGCAGACUUUAGAUCAAGAGCGAACUCUUCUGCCAGCACUUUGAGUGGCCAUUUGUCUCCAAUUAUGGCAACCAAUGAGCUGGAUGACCUGGAAGAUGAUGAUGGAGCUCCAUCUUCUCCACUGAUGUACCCAAGUCCAUCGAGUGCCCUGUCCCCUUCUGUUAAUACAAGGUGUUCUGUGGAGAUGCCACGGCUAGCUGACUUGACAGGCACAAUCAGCUUGAAUGAAGGGCUGCCAGACAGCCUUCUAGAAGACAUACCAGACAACUACAACAUGAGUCCGUCACAGCAUAUUUCAUCAGGUGCACUGAGACAGAGGAGCUCUACUUUCUCUUACAAUAAUAAGUGCCCUACAUUAGGUGCUUCAGCAAAUACUUACUGUGGAACGAUUUACAGUCAGCCAGCCAUGGCAAUGAUGAGACGUGCACCUAUGCAGACUAUACAAGAAAAUAAACAGGCAAUGUUUCCACCAAUUAAUUCCUAUAGGAAUUCUGCAUUGCAAGACUUGCUUUCAUCAAAUUCCUAUUCUCACAAGGACACUGUGAUAACACAAGCAGAUCCAAUGAUGUCACAGGUCCAUACCAUUGUGACAUCUCGUAAUCAAAGACAUGGCACCAUUAUGGGCGGAGGUGGUGAACUGGCCAUAACACCUUUUCCUGGCCAGUCAAACUUAAUUAAAGGAAAUGGUUUAUAUCAUCCGCCCCCAGCUGGUCACAAUGCUGCUCUCAACAACAGUGCCUUAUCCAGCUCUGUCAGCCUUAUGAAUGUGCCACAAAACACUUGUAGCAUGGCCUCCCUCACACACCAUGGGCAUUUUCAACCAUACAUUUGUCAAGGGACACAUAUGGGCAUACCAGAUUCAGGACAGGGCUGUUACCAAGGGAUUACCAACCCACCUAUAUCUAGUCAUGAUCGAUUCCCUGCUGACUUAGACCUGGAGAUGUUCAAUGGCAGUUUGGAGUGCGAUGUUGAAUCAAUCAUACUCAAUGAAUUUAUGGACAAUGAUGAGAUGGACUUCAAUUUUGAUUGUGCCCUCCCACCACAAAAUGUUGGUCUUACCAUGGCCCCUCUGCCCAGUGGUCCACAAGCUACCAAUCAAAGCUGGGUACCAGGGUGACCGCAACUGUGUUGGGGCAGGGGGGAAGGGUUUUAUGAAUCAAUAUCCUAAGGGAAACAUAUUCAGACUUCUGCCUUUAGUUGUCCAGACAGCCUAGAACAAGUACUUAAUAAUAAACUCUUUCAAAGAAGCAGUAAAAGGAAGCUGAAAUGUGUGAUAAUGAAUCAGAGGCUUUGCAUCUUUUUUUUCUGAAAAUUAAAGUAACUCAAGACAUUUGAUAACAAUACUUUGCAGCCAGAUUAUAUCCUUAAAACUUGUAACAGGCCAGUAUGCCUCCACUGUGAUACUGUUUACAUUCAGUAGGCACUAUUAAAUCUUAGCCUUUCUUAAGGAUUAGGCUUUGUACCAAUCAGAUUUGUGAAAAUAUUUGUCCAAUCCUUGGGCAUGCUUGGCACAGAGGUGCCAUGCCAUAAUAUCUGCUAACUAGUCAACAGCAGAUAAUAUGAGAAAUAUGAAAAACAGGUAACUGAUAAUUUUUAUAUCCCAGUACUCCAGUAAAAAAAAUGUACAGAUUCUGGUGCCCUGUAUGGGCUGUGAGAGUGUGGCAACAGCUGUGUUGUAUGUUUACAAUGGUGAAUCUUGAAUUGCAGUUGGGUCAAGACUAGUAUAUGGAAAAGGUUACUGUCAUAGAUAACUGUCUGCCUUUGUGAAUAAGAGACAGUUUUCUAAAUGUAAUACCCUUGACCCCCAGGUCUUGUUUUUCAUGAAAAGCACUUCUGACUUUAAACUUGAAAAGUACUUUUUAUAAAAGGGGUGACAGGGUAUUCCUAAGGCACUGUUAGGUGAGAUAAAUGUGCAGAUGAGCAGCCCUCUUAAAGUCAUAUAUUUUCAGUGAUGCCAUUUGUUUGAUUCUGUUUAAAAAGAGAACAUAUAACCUGGCUUUUUUGUUUUCAGGAAUACAACUGAAACUCUGUGCAGUCUGUUUAAUUGUUUGUAUUACUGGACCAUUUCUAGGCUUUUGUUUUGAACAUGUCACACACUGUUCAUACAUAAACAAGAUAAAUGGUACUUCAGUGCCUGUUUCUGAGAAGGUAGUAUUAUAAGUCAGACUGUUACCUGUGUGGUCAUAGUGCUAUGCUGUAGACUGUGUCACUGGCACCAGCAAGGGAGGAUGAGUGGAGGUAGAGAGGAGUAGGCACCUAGUAGCUAUUAAGAUUGCCAUUUUGCUAAGUAGAUAUGUCCCUGACUCCGUGUUCCUUUCCAUUGGUCUGGCAAGGAUAAGAAAAUGUCUGCUGAGAGCACAGAAUGGCUCAGACCACAAUUAUCCCUGACACAGCAGCAGUUCUAAGUCUUAUGGAAUAUUUCAUUUUGAGGCUCUGGAAUACAUCUUUGCUGAUGCUACCCAUAAAGGUAACACUAUUAAAGCAAGCAGAGAAAAGAAGUGACCUCUGUGCAAAAGCUGUUUAAGGAAAAUGGGAACAAGGAAUGGGAUUUUGUUAUUGCACAUAGGAAUACUGGAAGCAGUGGGCUUCCUUAUCCCUUAUUCCAUUCAGCAGGUUCCUACUAGGCAGUCAGGCAUAUGCUUGUUACUCCAGCCUGUGUCUUUAGUAUAUACUGUACCCCAUUUUUUGUGAAGUCCUACAUUUCCUACAAAUGUUCCAGGUAUAAUUUGGGCAUGAAAUGUGCAUGUUUGGGUUUAAGUACAGAUUGCAGCUAACUCUUAAGUUUGCACAGUUGAGAAAGCCAGGUUAAUGGUCUGCUUUUGUUACAUAAUUCUUUUUCCAUAGUAUGUUAACCAUUAUAAAAUGAGCAAAUUACAAUGGUCACUAGCAAACUGACAAUGGCAUCUCAUUUAUUAGAAUGUACAUAUUAAGUUCUGUAGUGGUAACUGCCGUCAUGUUUCCACUGCCCUAACAUGCCUAACAAUGGUGCUAAUGCCAAGGUGACCUUUAAACAUCCAUGUCAACACUUACCAGUAAUGCAGUCAUAAUAAAGGGGGGGACCCUCAGUGACUGCCACUAGCAUUUGAUAUGAAAUUCCAUAGAGAUGUUUAGAAAAUGAACUUUAAUUGUGCACAUUGAAUCCACUUCUUCAGUAGGAAUUUGUAACUGUGCUGUACUGGACCUGGCAGCUAUCUUUGAGGGUCAGGUGAGGUACUUGUAGUCAUACUAGCUAACUUUAGUCUUUACUGACUUUAAGAGUACAUGGUAAUUUUCCAGGAAAACCAUGAAGUACAUCUCCAGUCAAGAUCAUACACUCUUUUUUGGUAGGUGAGUGAAGAAGCCAUCAAGAUAAUGUAGUACAGGCAGAUGACUUACGCUGAUUGAUAUUAUUAUUUGAAUUAUCAUGCCUGGCCUAUAUGAAAUGACGGGCAUUAUUCUGCUGUAUCUCAUACCCAGAGGAUGGUAGCAGUCGAAGGAAUGGUUCGUGGCCACCUCUAAGCUAACGAUCUGUUUUAUUUGCUAGUCAGUAGUCUGCUGUAUUACUGCCCACAGGCAUUAAUUUCUGUGAUUAUGUUCGUUGCCAGCAUUACUAUACAUCGACACAGCUGUGGAAAUGUGUUCAUUCUGUGGAUGGAAUGCCUGCCCAGGUAAUAGACUUAUCAAAUGAUGUUGACAUUCACUAAAUGGAAGCCAGCUGUGCUGUCUGAGGAAGAGAUGUGAUGUCAUCUGCCUAGGGUGCCUCUGCAGCAAAAUAUGAACAGAUCCUUAUGAUAUAAUGUUAUUAGCAGAUGAGCUCAGCACAGGAUAAGUUUGACUUGCUCUGUUUGUAGAAACAGAUGCAGGUCAAAUAAUAUUAUGUUUACAUCAUUUAUUUGAUCAUGUAUAGAAUUUAAUAUAUACAUUUAUAUAUUAUAUAUAUAUUAAAUGCUUUUUAUUUGCUUUUUUAAAAGAAAUUGGAUUAAUUUUGUACACUGAAAAUAUAACUUAUAGUCUGCAUAAGCUUGAUUUCGAAACACAUGAAACGAGGGGGAUUGAAGGAGUGGUAACACAAUAUACUGGGGCAGCUGUGUAGUGUACAGAUGCCCUGCCCUAUAUAUGAGGUUUAUAAAAACUGAACAUAUGAUUCCAGCACGACUGUAAUUUAGCUUGUUUUGAAAAAUCUGAAAUGAAAUGAGUGUUAAGUUAUAGUGAGCUGCACUGUAAAAAUAUUGUUUGCUGGUGAAACCCAACCUCAACAUUUUUUUCUUUGUUUUUUUACUACUGAGACUAUUCCUCAGAAUGGAAAUAAAUUAGGUGGAAACAGACUUGAAAGUAGCAAACUAGAUGUGGCAAGACACUAUAAGAAGCUGUAAAAAAAUGAGAAAUCUGUGGUUUUGAUAAGUGCAAAAUGUGCCUGUAAGAAUAAGUGUCUUAAGAAAUUGUAGGGAAUAUAACACAGCUUGGAGAAUGAAUGGUACUUCACCAGAACAACAUUCCUUGAACACAUUCUACAGAAUUAGCUUUGGUUUGGUCAACCUGCUAUACACACAGACACAGGCAGACAGACAGAAAUACACACACACGCACACA